GAUAUUAUCCUACAACUGUAGUGCUUCGAUUAGGACCUGCACAGCUAUAGGAGAUAAUAGCGGUUUUCUAAAGUUUUUGCUAUCGCGUACGCUGUGUUUGCGAUCUGCAGCUUGAGUCAUGUCUGGGCCUUCGAUGAAAAGAUUAGGAGGCACUGGUGAUAGAGGGUCGUCUGCAAGCAAGAAGGCAAGACCGGAGUUGCUUAACGCUAUGAUCGAUCCGUCUAACUUUUACAAAAUGGAAGAUGAGAUUGCUGCUUCUAUGACGCAUGCUGAACUGGUCAAGUCGUUUUUACAUGAGUCCGCGGUUUUGAGGACUGUGUUACAGAAGAUUGUAGAAGGAAGUAAAGAGCCUUGUUCAUCUCAAGUGGUUCUGAAUGUGGCAAAAAUGCGUCGUUGUUCUCGCCUAGUUCACUAUGCUACAGCUCAGCUUAGAGCGGAAACAAUGGCACGAUUGGAACAAGUAGAAGCAAAAUAUUUACACUUACAAAAUUCUUCUAGUGAGAUACAACAUCUUCAAAAAGAGAUCAACCGUUGUCUCCAGUUUAGUGCGGGUGAUGAAGAAAUCGAUAUGGUAUCGCUGGAAGAAUUCUAUGCCACUGCUCCGGAAGGUGUUUCCCGUCCAGAAGUAACGAAAACUAAUGAGCACGAGCAAAGACUGGCCCGAUUGACCUGGGAGAUUGCACAAAGAAAAGCGCUCAUGGACACAUUGACAGAGCAGGAAGGACGUCGUAAUGUGCUAAUCAGUAGCAUAAACGGGAAGGAGCAAAGACUGAAAAGUCUCCGCUCGAAAAUCUCAACGCUCAUGGCGUCGGCUAAACCAGUUCAAGAAGCGUUGGGAGUUGGAAAUGCUUCGGCUUCUUCAGCAGAGCAACGUUCUCUUUUUUCGCUUUUACCACAUGAUCUCUCAGUACUGUAUGUGCAAGCUGAAGCAUAUAGGGACAUUAUGGAAGAUUCGAGUGUGCAGGUGGUCAUCCGCGGUGACGCGACUGAGGCUCUACGUUUGAGACGGCGUCAAAAAGAAGAGCAAGAAGACAAAGAAAACAGCGACGAUGAUGAGGUCAGUGACAAUGAAGGACGUCGUGCAGUUGUGUCUGAACGGCUUGAACUCAAUAAGAAAACUGUGAUUCAGCCCUAUCCGAUUUAUUUGAAGAUCGAGAUCGGUUGUCAAGAUGAUGUCAGGGUGGGCCUGAAGUUGUACUACAUGCCGGAGCUGCGGGUGACUUGCAUGAAGUACAAAAUUACUGGUAAAUUGCCAACGUAUGGAGGUGUUUCCGCUCACGAAACGCUUUUGGAUGGUCUCUUUCCUGGAGACGAUGGCUCCGAAUGCCCGAACCCUGUUGGUGCCGCAAAGCUACAUCAGUUAAAGGUUGGAGUUGAUUCAUUCGCCAACAGAUAUGGUCGCCCAUACAGAUUUGUCCAAGCUAUAACUGGAUCUGGUCCACUGUCGCGCAAUGUCUCUCCGCCCGGUGAGGCGGAAACAAGUGGUGUGCAACUGGCCGAUGUACUGCAUGAUGUGAUAAAAGCUAUUCGAAAAAGGGUGUUGUCAAGGGUGAAACUCGUACGCCAAUUACUGGCACUCGAAACGGCUCCGAUGGAUGAGCUGCUCACAUGUGAUGUGCCUCUGAAACUGGUAACACACGUCACUUCAUUCAAAAUGAUUGAUGAAGAAGUAUUUAUGGCAGCAGUAACGUCAGAAAUGCGAACUCUGGUGCUACAAGAAGGUGGCGCUUUUUAUUUUUUGGCCAUUAUGGAAAACAAGGCAGCUGAUUUAAGGAUAAAUGCCUAUAUAAUGGUACCGCUUGGCUACCCUUCACAGAUUCCGCUGAUUGUUGUAUCAAUAGUCAAAAUGUGUACGAAAGAGAAUUCACCGCAGACUUUUACCGCCUGGAACAGUCACAUCGUAAAAGCACUUGAGAUGUACGUGAACAUCACAUGCAUCAGUAAAGAAGCAGCAGACGUUCAUGCGCUGCUUACCAAACAACUGGCCAAUUUGGUUAGUAGAUGUGAUGUUAUUGCUGACCUUGCUCCUCAAUUCAGUACUGGAAAUACGCAGAAGCAACAUCUAUACAGCAGAUCAUCCAGAGGAAGAGAUGACGACUUGCCAUUCGAUUUCCUUUUGUCGACAAGCGCCUUCGGCUAUCCAUAACAUUGUCUUCGUUGUUUUGUUUGAAAACUAUUGUUAUAAAGUGUUCCUGAG